AUGAAAGUUUAUUCAAUUGGUAUUUUUAAAGUUGCACAAGGUUCAAAACCAGUUUUAUUAAGUAUUGUAUACGAGUUAUCAUCAUUUGGAUUCUUCCAAAGAGGAUCAGUUAAAGAGGUAUCAUUAUUUGUAUCAAGAGAAACAGCUGGUAGAACCAAUGUAGGCGAAAGAGUUAGUAUGGAACACACACAGACACAAAAAGUAUGUCAUACCACAGUAGAUGCUAAGGGAAUAGGUUGCACUGUUUUAACAGAUUCAGAAUAUCCAAGUCGUGUCGCACAUAAUUUAAUUCGUGUAUCAAUGGAGGAGUUUUAUAAGGCACAUCCAGAACAAGAAUGGAAGGGUAUUCAAGCAGAUACUGAAUUACCAACUCCACAAUUAGAUCAAUUAUUAUUAAAAUACCAAAAUCCAGAAGAAGCAGAUCCAAUGAUGAAUCUUCAAAAAAAUUUAGACGAUACAAUUACCAUUGUUAAAAAAACAGUUGAACAAUUGGGCCAAAGGGGCGAAAAGCUUGAAGAAAUUGCAGCUAAAAGCGACGAUCUUAGUUUCCAAAGUAAGGCAUUUAUGAAUAAUGCUGAAAGAAUGAACAAGUGUUGUGGCUAUGUAUAA